AUGGAAACCGUGCACUACUCCUAUGAAGAUUUCAUCCGGAUUCCUGCCCAAGUUCAUCGUCUCAUGGGCUACAAUAUCUUGGACUUGCCGCGUAGAGCUUGCGUCAAGUGGCUGAUGCUCUUCUAUCGCUUCUUGUGUAUCUCUAGUCACAUAAUCUGUGUGAUUUUCAUGAUAUACAGAAUAUACGAAGGGACAAGUAUCAACACAAUUCAGUUACUAAUGCGCUAUGGCACCCUGGUUACCUAUGUCAUUCACUCGGAUACGAAAUUCGCCACAUCGCAGCAGAAAGAGGACAUCAAGAGGCUUAGUCGUAACUUAUCAGAAUUGUAUCCAAAGGACACUGCGGAGAGAUGCAAUUAUCGAGUUAACGAUUUCUAUUGGUCACGCCCUCUGAUUGUCAUGAUUUCCACCUACAUUAUCUCAUCGGCUAUGGUGGUAGUUGGACCACUGCUUCAAGCAGCUUUUCUAUAUUUCUAUAAUGAUGAUAAACACUUCUUGUAUUUGCAUUGCUACGAGUAUUUCAUAAUAGAUCCAAACGACGAGAAGGCAGUCUAUCAAUACGUGUGCGCCUAUAUAUUGGAAUGGUUACAUAGCACUCACAUGGUCAUCUCGAAUGUGGCCACGGAUCUGUGGCUGGUUUGCUUUCAAGUGCAAAUUUGCAUGCAUUUCAAGUAUAUCGGACAAACUCUCGCCGAAUAUCAACCUCAUUGGCAAAAUGAUGUCCAAGAUCGGAAGUUUCUAGCGAAAAUAAUAGAAAAACACAAUUGUCUAAUUGUAUUGCAAAAUGAUUUGAAUUCCAUAUUUGGUGGUUCUUUACUCUUGAGUCUACUAAGCACCGCUGGAGUCCUCUGCACGGUUGGUCUAUACAUUCGCAUGGGGGGCUUGAACUUGGAGAGUGUUAGUUACAUCAUGUUUAUGACCACAUCGUCCAUGCAAUUGUUUUUGGUUUGCUAUUAUGGAGAUCUAAUCAAUGUGUUGAGCCAAUAUAUGGGUUAUGCCGCCUACACACAUAGCUGGUAUGAAGCCUCUAUAGGAUAUAAGAAGUAUUUGCUAAUUAUCAUUGUACGAGCCCAGCAAUCGGUUGAACUAAGUGCCUGGGGUUAUCUCACCGUUUCUCUGGACACUUUUAAGCAGGUGAUGACCGUCACAUAUCGUGUUUUUGCUCUCAUACGUGAAAUGAUACAGUAA